CCCUAACCCAAGUAGAGGGAGCGUUGCCUUUUUAUGAGUGACUUAAAAUGAGGCUUUGGGACAAGAAGAUGCUGGGUACUUUGGGUGACUAGCGCCUUUCUUGCUAUUCUUUUUUUCUUUGAAACUCAUGAGCCUUAGUUAACUAGUCCAUUCUUUCAUUCCUGUUUCUACUAACACUGUGACUUGGGUGGAAAGGGGAAUUCCUUUCUUUUCUAGGUCCUUAAGCCCUCUGCUAACGGUUCUGAGAGCAUCCCUGAGCCAGGGUUCUAGGAGAGUUUGGCCUGUCUGAACUGCUGAACUACGAAAUAAUGGAAUGCUGCGCUGUCCUGAGGCCUCGACCAUGCCAGCAGUCAAAGAGAACCCCUGAAGCUCUUUUGGAUGAAGAAGCAUGCAGGGCACCCUCAGACACGUCGGGGCCCUCAGACUGUCCUCUGUGGAUGGGCGGACACUCCUGGUGUGCAGCUUGGUCCUGGCAGCAGUGUGGGGCCAAAUGAAUUUCACAGGAGACCAGGUUCUUCGAGUCCUGGCCAAAAAUGAGAAGCAGCUUUCACUUCUCAGGGAUCUGGAGGGCCUGAAGCCCCAGAAGGUGGACUUCUGGAGGAGCCCAGCCAGGCCCAGCCUCCCUGUGGAUAUGAGAGUGCCAUUCUCUGAACUGAAAGACGUCAAAUCUUAUCUGGAUUCCCAUGGCCUUGCUUAUAGCAUCAUGAUAAAGGACAUCCAGGUGCUGCUGGAUCAGGAACGGGAGGCCAUGGCAAAAUCCCGCCGGCUAGAGCGCAGCACCAGCAGUUUCAGUUACUCCUCUUAUCACACCCUGGAGGAGAUCUAUAGCUGGAUCGACAACUUUGUAACAGAGCACUCAGAUAUUGUCUCAAAGAUUCGGAUUGGCCACAGCUUUGAAAACCGGUCCAUUCUUGUCCUAAAGUUCAGUACAGGAGGCUCCCAGCGUCCAGCCAUCUGGAUCGACACUGGAAUCCACUCCCGGGAGUGGAUCACCCAUGCCACGGGCAUCUGGACUGCCAAGAAGAUCGUCAAUGCCUAUGACAAAGACCACAUCCUGACAAACAUACUGAACACUAUGGACAUCUUCCUAGAGAUUGUUUCCAACCCAGAUGGGUUCGCUUUCACCCACAGCAUGAACCGUCUGUGGCGAAAGAACAAGUCCAUCCGACCUGGAUUAUUCUGCAUCGGUGUGGAUCUCAACAGGAACUGGAAGUCGGGUUUUGGAGGAAAUGGCUCUAAUGACAACCCCUGCUCAGAAACUUACCAUGGCCCUGCCCCGCAGUCGGAGCCUGAGGUGGCUGCCAUUGUGAAGUUCAUCACCACCCAUGGCAACAUCAAGGCUCUGAUCUCCAUCCACAGCUACUCUCAGAUGCUCAUGUACCCAUAUGGCCGCUCUCUGGAGCCUGUUUCAAACCAGGAGGAACUGUACAAUCUCGCCAAGGAUGCUGUGAAGGCGUUGCACAAGGUCCACGGGAUCAAUUACAUCUACGGCAGCAUCAGCACCACUCUCUAUGUGGCCAGUGGGAUCACUGUAGACUGGGCCUAUGACAGUGGCAUCAAGUACUCCUUCAGCUUCGAGCUUCGGGACACCGGGCGCUACGGCUUCCUGCUUCCAGCCACACAAAUCGUCCCCACAGCCCAGGAGACUUGGCUGGCGCUCCGGACCAUCAUGGAGCACACCCUGAAUCACCUCUACUAGCCACACAACCAGGCGAGAGCAGGAGGGGCUGACCUUCUCGCCAUGAUCUGGGGGCUUCUCCUGAACCCCAAGUUGUAUACCCUCUUCCCUUGCCUGUGUCUUGAACCCUUAGGAAAUAAAAUACGACUUUUAAUGAA